GUCAAAACAGUGCACGCUACACGUGCAUAAAACCAAUAAAAUGCGUAUAGAAACAUGUUAUUUCUGUUCAUCCAGGGUUUAUCCCGGACACGGAAUCCAAUUUGUCCGGAAUGACUGCAAAAUUUUCAGAUUCUGUCGUUCAAAAUGCCACGCAGCGUUUAAAAAGAAGAAGAAUCCCCGUAAAACUAAAUGGACUAAAGCUUACCGGAAGACUGCGGGUAAGGAAUUGUCUAUAGACCCAUCCUUCGAGUUCGAAAAGAGACGAAAUGUGCCCUUGAAAUACAAUCGCGAAUUGUGGGCUAAAACAAUCGAAGCUAUGAAGAAAGUGGAAGAGAUUAGACAGAGAAGGAGUAAUAAUUAUAUUAUGCAGCGAUUGAGACAGGGCAGAGAGGUAGAGUGGCAAAGAGACGUGCGAGAAGUCCAGAGAGACAUCUCUUUGAUAAAGUCACCAGCGGCUGGUCUGAAACAGCGACAAGCUUUAGAAGCCACAGAAAUGGAAGUCGAACCCGAGACAAUAGAAGUUGUGGACGCUAAAGGCAGGAAACAGAUUAUUGAGGCUCCGGUCAUGGUACCUGCAACAGGCGAGUUGAUUGAAGAGGGUGGUGAUAUUGAAUUGUAGUUAAUGUAAAGGAAGCAAAGUAAAAAGUUUCAAAAUAUCAUGUUUUACAGUCAUUGGAUAAGUAAAUAUGCUCAGGGAUUCAUUUGUUUGAAUGUGAAUAUUAGCAGGGUCUGAAUUUUGAUGAUUUAACAUGUUUUUAAAAUAAUAAAUUCUCAGAAGUAGAACAUCAUUCUUUUUUUUUAUUUAACGAUCAGACCAUUUGUCAUUGUUUAUCCUUAUUGAAUUCAUAAUUUAAUAUUAUACAUCACUAGAAACAUAUUAAAGUAACUUAAGUAAGAAUAAAGUUAGAGAGAACUGCCAACUGUGCAUUUAUUUUGUUAUUGUAUAAUUUAUUGAUUCCAAAUUUCUCAAAUCUGUUCUUAAAAUUUUCCAAAGCAUUUCGCUGAGUGUUUCUUCCACCUAGUCACAACUGGAGCAGGCAGAAAAUUGACUGUUUAUACUUUUACAAGAAAGCUACGCUGCAUUACUGUAUCCACCCUCAAUCUCAACAAUAAAUGUAUAAACAAAA